GUUGUGCAUCGAGCUUCAAAAUAACCAAGAAGCCAUUUCUCCUGAUGUAACGAGUGUACUAGUAGUCCGAAAUAUUUUGAUAUUUGGACGCAUGGAUAAUUCUGUGGAGGUAGAACUCUUGAAACUUCAUGCAGACAGGGACAGAGUCUGCUUUGCUCAUGCACUGAGAGAAGCUAUUGGUGAUGAUGAUCCCUUGAUGGAGGUAGAGGUCCUGAAAAGUCUUGGAGACUUGCGUCUUGAGGAAGCCAAGCUCAGUAAAGAUUCAGUAGAGUUUGACAAGGCUGCUGCCCUGUAUGCUGCUGCCUUACUGCGCUGCAAAGAUCCAGACAUGAAACAAACACUUGAAGAUGAACUUGAACACUCAAAACUUUGCAGACAACUGCUGCAGGGGUACAGUCCACAGUAUCAGUGGUCACAGGACCACUGCAGCUCUGCUGAUAAUAGUGUCUUAAGGGUGGCAGAGAUUUGUGACUUAUUGGACAAAAGUAUAGGCAUAUCCCAGUGUGCAAUUGAACAAACUUACACAGAAACAUUGGUUACAGCAAUAACAAUUCAGGAUAUGUACUUGGAGCUUGAAAUUCUAAAAUCUCUCGGUGAUUUCUACCUUGAGAAAGGCAAGAAAAUGAAGUGCAAGAACAUGAAGUGCAUUCGCCAGCUUUGCAAGGCAGGUAGCAUGUACUACAAGGCCCUGACAAAAUGUGAGGACCAUGAUACAAAACAGGUUCUGACGCACCGAAUAGCAUACACAAAACAGAGAUGGAUCUGGCCAGUAUUGGACAAGCUCGUGGAGGCAUUCAGAAGGCACCAAUUAGAGACCUUCCUAAAAGCUGACAUUACUGCAUACAAAAAACUCAGCCCUGAUGAAGCAAGUCUUUACACAGACCACCUUAAGAAGGGAGACUCCUCCCUUGCCAGAUCAGACCUGGACUCAGCAGAGCAGCACUUUGCAGCUGCACUCAAGAUUGUACAUGUGAGAGACCCCACAGCCCAGCAGUACCAGAGAGAGGUGGAGCCCCUGUGCAAGUUGGGGGAUGUCUACAGUAAGCGAGGUCAGCAGACGGGAGACGGGGGAGACUUUGUCAAAGCAGCAGCACUCUACAAUGCAGCAAUAGCCAGGUCACAGGAUCAAGUCCUCAAUUGUAACUUAGCAACAACUAUUAGUGAAGUAGAGAAGUCAUUUCUCAAAUUUACCUUAGGCAUUCAUAGCAAUGUUAGCCAAGAUGACACAGAAAAACACAAGAAACAGCUGAAGGAGAUGCGGGACCAGAUCAAGCUGGAGAUGGAAACCAUUGACCAGCAGCUGGAUCCCUAUGUACAUGAUGAGGACGACCCAUGUGUCAGAGAGAUAGAGGCAAAACGAGCUCAGGCUGUCAGGCAGUUGUUUGAGAAAAUUGCACAACAAAGGAAGGAGUUCAUCAGCCUGCUUGUAGAAGAGUGUAUUGGGUUAAUGGGUCCCCCUCCCUGUAAGUAUGCCCUGAUAGGUUUGGGUUCACAGGCCACAGGACUGGUAACUCCAUACUCAGACCUGGAGUUUGCCAUCUUGGUAGAAGAAGAAAGUGAAGAAUGUCUUGUGUAUUUCCGUAACCUCACACACUAUCUACACCUCAAGGUGGUCAACCUGGGAGAAACCAUUCUCCCAGCACUGGGAAUAAAAUCUCUCAAUGACUUCUACUGUGACAAGCCAUGGUUACUUAAGGACUGGUACUAUGACUCUGUUACACCACGUGGGUUUGCAUUUGAUGCCUCCAUGCCAAAGGCAAGCAAGAAUCCACUGGGCAGGCAGGGAACUAUGAACAAACCACCCAGUGAACUCAUCUGUACACCUGAAAACAUGGCUUUAAAACUACAAAAUGAUGUCACACUAUACCUGAAGGAAGGAUAUCACCUUGCCAGUAUCUUGAGAAACCCAUGCCUGAUAGCAGGGGACCAGGAUUUGAUUGAAACGUACAUGGUCAUCACAGGGAAGAUACUGCAAGCUGAUGGGGGCAAAAUGGCUCAACAACUGGCACUGGAGAUACUGAAGGAAAACAUCAAAAGCUACAGUAACGAUACAGUGUUAGCAAUGCUAAUCGAUGUAAAGAAAGAACUUUAUCGUUUCCCAGCUGUGUUAGUUGACUGCUUGGCACUGUUUUCAGGCAUCAUACCUACCACAGUUUGGGAGACAAUAGAAGAAAUGGAAAACCAACAAAAGAUCAGCCCCAACAAUGCACACCACCUGACAGUGCUUACCAGCAUCUCAGCAGAACUCAGGCUCAGAACAUACAUGGCAAAUGGUGGACAGAAGGAAAACCUGUCAGCUUUGGCCUCAAUGGAAGCAACAAUGCAUGAACACAACUCUUCCGUACACACCAAUGAAAACAUUACAAAGGCACUGAAACCAGUUUUCCAUCUACCAAGUGAAAAACAACUUUUCAGGUACUACCAUACAGCAGUCCCCCUUAAAUGUUUUUUAUUUGAAGGUUCUGGAGAGAAGUCAGCUAUAAAAUCAUCAGCCGCUUUUUACGAUAAUUCUUCAAAAGUACAAGGAAUGAUGUAUUCUAAGCUAUGCAAGUUCCAGCUUGCUAUCAGGUAUUUCCACAAGGCCUUAGAGGAAUCUAGAGAUGAAGAUAGUAAAAAAGUGGACAUACUCAGGAAUCUUGGUGAUGCUGUGUGUAUGUUGGGUGAUUACCAAAAAGCUAUUAGCUACUACAAACAGGCAUUACAGAUAUAUAGGAGUAUCUAUGGUCAGACUAAAGCACAUCCGCACAUUGCCAGCUUACUCAACAGCCUGGGUUUAGCCUGGAAUGACCUGGGUGAUUACAGAAAAGCACUAAGUUACCAUGAACAGGCACUGCAGAUGCACAGGUGUAUCUAUGGUCAGACUGCAGAACAUCCUAACAUUGCUACCUCACUCAAUAACCUAGGUGUCACUUGGCGUUACCUAGGUGACUACAAAAAAGCAAUCAGCUACCUCGAACAGGCACUGCAGAUGGCAUGGGAAUAUUGUAUGUCUCCUGUUUCUGUUAAGGAAGCUUUUCCUGACAAAAGAAUUGCUGAAUCACUAGUUAACCUGGGGUCAGCCUGGGGCCAUCUCGGUGAUCACAGAAAAGCAAUUGACUAUCAUGAAAAGGGACUACUGAUAUACAGGAGUAUGUAUGGUCAGGCUACAGCACAUCCUGUCAUUGCCAUAUCAUUUAACCAAAUAGGGUUUGCCUGGAUUCACCUGGGUGAUUACAAAAGAGCUAUUAGCUACCAUGAACAGGCACUGCAAAUAUAUAAGAAUAUGUAUGGUCAGGGAACAGCACAUCCUCACAUUUUCAAAUCACUCUAUAAUCUAGGAUCAGCCUGGCACCACCUGGGUGAUUACAGGAAAGCAAUCAGCUACUAUGCAGGCAUUGCAGAUGCGCAGGAGUAUCAAUGGUCAGAAUACGGUGCAUUCUGACUUUGCCAACUUACUAAAAAACAUAGGUGGAGCCUGGUGUCAACUUGGCGAUCACAGAAAAGCCAUCAGUUUCUUCCAAAAAGCCU